AUGUCAAUCGCCUCAAGUCUCUACGGUAUCACUGGUACCAUCUACUCCAACCUCUUCAUCAACCUUCCAUACCCCGAGACAAAAGAUGACUUGUCCGACAAAAUCAUGAUAGUCACUGGCUCCAACACUGGUCUUGGCUUUGAGGCUAGCCAACAUCUUCUCCGCCUUGGGGUUGGUAAACUCAUCAUGGCUGUCCGCAGCCUUGACAAGGGUGAAACAGCACGAAAGGAGCUACUCAAGUCAACGAAGCGAUCUCCAGAGUCAAUCGAAGUUUGGCAUCUGGAUAUGGCCAGCUACGAAUCUGUCAAGGCAUUUUCGGCUCGGGCUAUUGCUGAGCUGCCUGCCAUUGACGUCGUCUUGGCCAAUGCGGGUCUCGCAACUUCUUUUGAGUUCUCGACAGCUGAGGAUAACGAGAGAACAAUUACAGUCAACGUCAUCUCUACUUUUCUCCUCUUAUUUCUCCUGCUCCCCAAGCUACAAAAGUCAUCAUACCCCGGCAAAUUCGUCAUUCCCAACUCAGCAACACAUUACUGGGCUCCCAUCAAAGAGUUGAUCCCCGACGAGAAAGCGGGAAAGAUCUUCUCACGACUCAACGACCCCGAAAAGUCCAUUAUGGAAUCUCGGUACUACGUCAGCAAGCUUAUAGUUCUUUACAUCACUCGUGAGAUCGCAUCUCGUCUUACAGCCACCGAAAAGUCAAACGUGAUCAUCAACGCGCCGAAUCCAAGCUACUGCAUAUCUGGUCUCAUGCGAGAGAAGCAAGAUGUUGCGCCGCCCGACUUUUUGGCUCGAUCGACAGAAAUGGGAAGCCGUGCACUUGUUGCUGGAGUCUUGGCUGGCCAAGAAAGCAAUGGUCAGUAUAUGAAUAAUUGUCAAGUUCGCGACCCCGCUUGCCACGUCACGAACAAGAUUGGCAUAAAGAUCCAGACUGCGCUAUAUGAGGAGCUGUUAGAGAAGCUGGAAACCAUUGCCCCAGGAGUGUCUAAGAACGUUUAG